AGUCCGUCAGUCGGUAACUCGACAAGUCCGACAAGACCUAUCAACCAGUACCGUACCGGCCUGAUACCUAGUUCUAGUGAUCUACCAAACCGAAACCACCAGAUCAGAUCAGAUCGGUUCCCGGUUCUCCGUGAUCUUAUACACAAGCCAACAACAAACUUUGAAGUUUCCGGGGGAAAAAAAAUGACGUCCCUCUCCCUUUCCAAGAAAGAAGCAGAAUCCCAAGUCCGCUCCUGGGGAUUCUCCCACGUUUUUACGUGGACUGAUGGUGGUGGUGCUCACUACGCCCCUCACAAACACUCCUCCCUAACAACGCACCUCAUUCUCUCCGGCUCUUUGACUAUCGCCUACCCGGGCUCAGAAAAGGAGAAGACGACGCAUGGACCUGGGGAGAGACUGGAUGUGGACGCCGGGCAGGUACAUGAGGUUUGGAUUGGAGGGGAGGGGUGUACUUAUGUUAUUGGGGAGUGAUUACAGUGGGGACUGGAGUGAUGAGUGGGUGAGUGAUGGGUAGGUAAGUGGAUGGUGUGAAGAAUGAGUAAAGGAGAGGAGAGUAGUGAUAAUUGUAUGAGAGAAUGGAGAUGAGAUGCUUUCUCUGAACUCACAUUUGAUAACAUAACAUACACCAUACCAACCGG